CCUUUCCUGGUUCGCACCUUUCGCUUCGGAGUGCUUUUGCGGGUGCCGCCGCUCCGCCACGGCGAUUUCAGCCGCCCGAAUCUCUCUUCGGAUAUCGGUUCCGGCUCCGCCGGUGCUUGUUCAUCGCCAGAAGAAGCGGAGGAGUAGCGUCGCUUUCUCUCUGUGUCGGCCUGCUCGGUUCUUCGCCGAGUCAACUCUGCCAAGGCUCGGAGAUCCGAGGUAGAUCGGAGAUCCGAGGUAGAUCGGCGUGCGAGGUAGCAGAUCGGCGUGUCCGAGGGAGGAAUCGCUCGCCAGAGGAGGCUAUUGAUAAGGACAUCAAGACAGUCCUUCAGGCAAUUCAUUUGUGAAGCGAUUGGAAAAGGAAUCGGAAGAAAUGAGAAAGGCUCUGGGAACAGUGAAGGACCAGACCAGCAUUAGCCUGGCCAAGGUCUCGAGCAACAUGGCCCCCGAGCUCGAUGUGGCUAUCGUGAAGGCGACCAGUCAUGACGAAGAACCAGCCAGCGAGAAAUACUUGCGAGAGAUCCUGAACAUGACAUCCUACUCCAAGGGCCAUGUCAGUGCUUGCAUUGCGACCGUGUCUAGGCGACUCGGUAAAACUCGUGAUUGGAUCGUGGCCCUGAAGGCCCUCACGCUUGUUCAUCGUCUCCUCGCAGAUGGAGACCCUGCAUUCCAACAUGAGAUUCUCUACGCGACUCGAAGAGGGACGCGGCUCCUAAACAUGUCUGAUUUCCGCGAUGAGGCACACUCCAAUUCGUGGGAUCACUCCGCUUUUGUUCGCACGUAUGCUCUGUAUCUGGAUCAACGUUUGGAGUUCAUAAUGUAUGAAAGGAAAAAAGGCGGGGGCAGCGCCCGCACAACUGAAUUUGGAGCUGACCGCCGGAAUCGAUCUGAUUAUGGUGAUCAUGAUCCUUAUGCAUAUGGCAAUUAUGGAAGAUCGUCGUACUCAUCCCCAAACGGAGGAGAUCGGUAUGAUGAACCUCGGAAUGGGGAAGAGAAGAAGCCCCCGACGCCACUGAGGGACAUGAAGCCAGAGAGAGUGUUUGGCAAGAUGCAUCACUUGCAGCAAUUGCUCGAGCGCUUCCUAGCCUGCCGACCCACUGGCAAUGCAAAGCACAGCAGGAUGGUUCUGAUCGCUCUCUACCCUAUCGUUAGCGAGAGCUUCCAGCUCUAUGCUGAUAUAUGUGAGAUACUGGCAGUCCUUCUCGACCGCUUCUUCGACAUGGAGUACCCUGACUGUGUUAGAUCAUUCGAGGCAUAUGCUAGUGCUGCGAAGCAGAUUGACGAGCUCUGUGCCUUCUAUGCAUGGUGCAAGGAUACAGGGGUGGCCAGGUCGUCGGAGUAUCCAGAGGUGCAACGCAUUACCGACAAGCUUCUGGAGACACUGGAAGAGUUUGUGAGGGAUCGAGGGAGGAGGCCGAAGAGCCCUCCCAAAGAGGCAGUCGCUGCACCUGCUGUGGACAAGGAACCAGAGCAGGACAUGAACAGCAUCAAGGCUCUCCCUGCACCUUCCGACUACAAGGAAGAGGAGCCACAGCCGGAGCUGCCAGCGAAAGCGACUGCGGAACCAGUCAAGCAGCCGCAACCACCGCAACAACCUGACCUGGUGGAUCUCAGAGAGAACGGUCUGACUGCUGAGGAUCAAUCUAAUAAACUUGCAUUAGCACUUUUCCAAGGACCAUCGGGAGGCGAUGGUGCAAAUGGCUCAUGGGAAGCAUUCCCGUCGACCGAUGGGGAUUCUGGAGUGAGUUCUGCCUGGCAAAAUCCUGCAGCAGAAGCUGGCAAAGCUGACUGGGAACUCGUCCUUGUGGAAACUGCCAGCAACCUUUCGAAGCAGAAGGCUGCAAUGGCCGGAGGGCUGGAUCCGCUUCUGCUGAACGGCAUGUAUGACCAAGGCACUGUGAGGCAGCAAGUGCAAGCCCAGGCUAGCAGUGGGAGUGCAAGCAGCGUGGCCUUGCCAGUGCCUGGACGCGGCAUGGCACCGGUGCUCGCCCUUCCGGCACCUGAUGGCACUGUGCAGACGAUCGGGCAGGAUCCGUUUGCAGCAUCCCUCAGUGUUCCUCCACCUUCCUAUGUCCAGAUGGCUGAGAUUGAGAAGAAGCAACAAUUGUUGGUGCAUGAGCAGGUCUUGUGGCAGCAGUACGCCAAGGAUGGAAUGCAGGGCCAAGCCAGCUUAUCCAAGCUGACCAACAGCACCCUCAUGCCGAUCCCAGUGAUGCCCUACGGGAUGCCAGCAGCAUACAAUCCUGCAGCCAGCGGAUACUACUAUCCACCAACUUAUUGAAACUUAUUUCCUCUCCCCCCUAAGAGUCUGUGUUUUUGUUUCAGCUCAGCUUCUUCAGUGCUGAUCAUCCUCUUUUAUAAUGUGUAUUAUCUAUUGCUUGUUCUAUAUACUAAGGUUUAUGAGUGAUCUUUUUUUUGGCA